GUGUGUCAAAUCUUCUCUUUUUUUUUUUUUUUUUUGGUUNUUUCUCUGCUGGGCGGAGAAGAAGAAGGAAAGAACACAAAGCGAAUUCUCCAGGACAGGAGAGGAGAGAUUGAUUUUUAUCGUUAAGCACUUAGGCUCAUCAUCACAAUUCCAAGGCGAGAGAGAGAGAGAGAGAGAGAGUCUUUUGUUUUGAUUUCACAACGCUUACUACUACUAUGUCGUCGUCGGAGGUGAAACAGCUGAUCGUCGUUGCUGAAGGUACCGCCGCGUUGGGUCCUUAUUGGCAAACCAUCGUCUCCGACUAUCUCCACAAAAUCAUCAGGUCUUUUUGUGGCAGUGAGGUAAAUGGAGAGAGGAACCCUGCUUCUACUGUUGAGCUAUCACUGGUGAUCUUCAAUUCUCAUGGCUCAUACUGCGCUUGCUUGGUACAACGGAGUGGCUGGACAAGAGAUGUUGAUAUUUUCUUGCAUUGGCUUUCGUCCAUACAAUUUGGUGGUGGUGGUUUCAAUGAAGUUGCUACAGCCGAAGGGCUUGCCGAAGCAUUGAUGAUGUUUCCUCCUCCUUCCGGCCAAGCUCAACCAAGUAAUGAUCUUAAAAGGCACUGUAUCCUAAUCACAGCCAGCAACCCUCACACAUUGCCGACACCUGUAUAUCGUCCACGAGUGCAAAAUGUGGAACGGAAUGACAAUGGUGAUGCACAAUCUGAAAGUCGUUUAUCAGAUGCUGAGACAGUUGCUUCAUAUUUUGCUAAGUGUUCUGUUUCUUUGUCUGUUGUGUGUCCAAAGCAGCUUCCCAAGAUUAGAGCACUAUACAAUGCGGGAAAGCUCAAUCCACAAAGUGCGGACUUGUCAAUGGAUACGGUUAAAAACCCAUUCUAUCUUGUCCUGAUCUCAGAGAAUUUUGUGGAGGCACGUGCUGCCUUAAGUCAUUCUGCUACAAAUUUGCCACAGACCCAGAGUCCUGUGAAAGUGGACAGGGCCACUGUUGCUCCAUCUCUUCCAGUCACUGGCCAACCUCCAGCUCCUGUGACAUCAGCCAAUGGACCUAUUUUGAAUCGGCAACCAGUUUCUGUUGGACCAGUUCCAACUGCUACUGUGAAAGUUGAGCCUAGCACUGUAACUUCUAUGGCACCAGUUCCAAGUUUUCCCCAUAUCCCGUCUGUUGCUCGGCCUGCUACACAAGCAAUUCCUUCAAUUCAAACAUCUUCAGCAUCACCAGUUUCCCAAGAUAUGGUCACCAACGCCGAGAAUGCACCAGAUAUUAAGCCUGUGGUGGUGAGUGGAAUGACGCCACCAUUGCGUGCUGGUCCUUCUGGUGGAGCCAAUGUAAAUCUGCUUAAUAAUCUUUCUCAAGUGCGACAAGUCAUGAGCUCUGCAGCUCUGGCAGGUGCAGCCUCCUCGGUUGGGCAAAGUGCGGUUGCAAUGCAUAUGUCAAAUAUGAUAUCAACAGGAAUGGCUACAUCUUUGCCUCCUUCACAAACUGUGUUUUCAUCUGGACAGCAGGGAAUUGCUUCAAUGGCUAGUUCGGGUGCACUAAUGGGAUCUGCACAAACAGGACAAAGCCCGGGUACUAAUAAUGCCUUUAGUCCUCAAACAACGUCAAACGUUACUUCAAACCUUGGUGUUUCACAACCGAUGCAAGGGAUGAGCCAAGGAAGUCAUUCUGGACCACAAAUGAUGCAAGGUGGAAUUUCCAUGAACCAGAACAUGAUGAGUGGUCUCGGUCAAGGAAAUGUCUCGUCUGGAACAGGGGGAAUGAUGCCUACUCCAGGAGUUGCCCAACAAACGCAAUCAGCAAUACAACAACUUGGUGGCAAUAACAGUUCAGCUUCUAAUAUGCAGUUGUCACAGCCAUCGUCUGGGGCUCUGCAGACUUCACAAUCCAAAUAUGUAAAAGUCUGGGAGGGAAAUUUAUCUGGUCAAAGACAAGGGCAGCCUGUUCUUAUCACCAGACUUGAGGGUUACCGAAGUGCUUCUGCCUCUGAUACGUUGGCAGCAAAUUGGCCACCAACGAUGCAGAUUGUUCGUCUCAUAUCCCAGGAUCAUAUGAAUAACAAGCAAUAUGUUGGCAAAGCUGACUUCCUUGUGUUUCGGGCCAUGAGUCAACAUGGGUUCUUAGGACAACUUCAGGAUAAGAAGCUUUGUGCAGUUAUCCAGUUGCCAUCACAGACGCUCCUGCUCUCUGUCUCUGACAAGGCUUGCCGCUUGAUAGGAAUGCUUUUUCCAGGGGAUAUGGUUGUGUUUAAACCACAAAUUCCAAAUCAGCAGCAGCAGCAGCAACAACAGCUCCAACAACAACAGCAGAUCCACCAGCAGCAGCAACAACAACAACAACACCACCAACAGCAACAGAUGCCACAACUCCAGCAACAACAACAACAGCACCAGCAGCAACAGAUGCCACAACUCCAGCAGCAGCAGCAGCAUCAAUUGUCGCAGCUCCAACAUCAUCAGCAACAACAACAACAGCAGCAGCAGCAACAGCAGCAGCAUCAGUUGACACAGCUUCAACACCAUCAUCAGCAGCAGACAUCGCCGCUGAACCAGAUGCAGCAACAGACUUCGCCACUGAAUCAGAUGCAGCAGCAGCAGCAGCCUCAACAGAUGGUAAUGGGUGGUCAAGCUUUUGCUCAAGGCCCAGGUAGAUCACAACAAAGUGGUUCAGGGCAGCCUAACAUGCCAGGAGCUGGCUUCAUGGGAUAAAUAAAAUGAUCAUCUUCAGUGCUAAUUAGAUUCAUCAUAAUUACAAUGAUUUCUUUCUUCUUUGGUCAACUCGAUUUUAGUUGUCCUCUCUCUCUCUCUCUUCUCUUGAGCCUGAAAAUGACGUAUUCCUAUUAUGGGUCUGACCAUUAGCUACGGCACCCAAAAACUAUUUUGUUUUUAUCAUCCAAACUACUUUGUUUCUUACUUUAGAUAAAUAGAAGGAAAAAAAGUGGAUGGUUUGGUUUCUAUUUU